GUGAACCGGAAUCAUAUGUUUUCACCUUGGGUGCAUAUCGCUGUGGAGAGGCACACGCUUUAUUUUAAUAAGAAAUUUGACAUUCAAAUGAAAGAUAAAUGUCACUGUAGCACCGCAGCGAGCCGGACUGUCCGUCAAACAGAGAGCAAACAUGAAACAAGACGUGAGGAUACUCUUGCUGGGGGAGCCCAAGGUGGGGAAGACAUCCCUCAUCAUGUCUUUGGUUGGAGAGGAGUUCCCAGAAGAGGUUCCCCCCAGAGCUGAAGAGAUCACCAUCCCUGCUGACGUGACUCCAGAGAAGGUGCCCACACACAUAGUGGACUACUCAGAAAAAGAGCAGAGCGAUGAAGUCCUUAAAAAUGAGAUCAUCAAGGCUAAUGUGGUGUGUGUAGUGUAUGAUGUCACCAACGAAGACACGAUAGACAAGAUCAAAACUAAAUGGAUACCUUUAGUUAAUGGGGACGCAGAGAAAGGGAACAAAGUUCCCAUCAUCCUAGUGGGAAACAAGUCUGACCUGCGCUGUGGGAGCUCAAUGGAAACCAUUCUUCCCAUCAUGAACCAGUUCUCUGAGAUUGAGACGUGUGUUGAGUGUUCUGCAAAGAACUUGAAAAACAUUUCAGAGCUGUUCUACUAUGCACAGAAGGCAGUUCUUCACCCCACUGCCCCUCUUUAUGACCCUGAGGACAAACAGCUGAAACCACUGUGUGUCAGAGCCCUUAGCAGAAUAUUCUACAUUUCCGACCAGGACAAUGACCGUAUCCUCAGCGACGCUGAACUCAACUGCUUUCAGAAAUCUUGUUUUGGGAAUCCUCUGGCACCUCAAGCCUUAGACGAUGUGAAGACAGUAGUUUGGAAGAACACCAGCGAUGGGGUGCAAGACAACGGCCUGACCCUAAAUGGUUUCUUGUUCCUUAAUACAUUAUUUAUCCAGAGGGGCCGACAUGAAACCACGUGGACUAUCCUCAGGAAGUUCGGCUAUGACGACAACCUUGAGCUGACUGAUGAUUACCUUUAUCCUGAACUACGAGUUCCCAUCGGCUGCACCACAGAGCUCAAUCAUGUAGGUCACCAGUUCCUCCAGCGGCUGUUCGACAAGUACGAUGAAGACAAAGACUCUGCCCUGUCGCCGGCAGAGCUUAGAAACCUGUUCUGCGUGUGUCCUUACAUGCCGUGGGGUGCAGAGGUCUACAUGACUGUCCCAACUACAGAUGAGGGCUACAUCUCUAACAAAGGCUACCUUUGUCAGUGGACGCUUUCUGCAUACUUUGACAUCCACCGUUGCCUGGAGCACCUAGGAUACCUAGGCUAUCCUAUCCUCACUGAACAGGACUCACAGACUGCCGCAAUCACAGUAACACAGGAGAAAGAGGUGGACCUGGAAAAACGCCAGACACAGCGGUCAGUGUUUCUCUGCAAAGUGAUUGGACCUCGGGGGACGGGCAAGACAGCCUUUCUCCAGGCCUUUGUGGGCCGCAACGUUGUGAAAAAGGGAAAUUCCAACAGUGCCUUCUCCCCCUAUGCCAUAAACACUGUCCAAGUGAGCAACCAGGAGAAGUACCUUAUCCUCAAUGAGGUGGAUGUGGAAGUGGAGUUCCUGAAGGCAUCAGACGCUUCCUGCGAUGUUGCUUGUCUCAUGUAUGACGCCAGUGACCCUCAUUCCUUCGACUAUUGUGCCAGUAUAUACAAGCAACACUACAUGGAGAGCAAAAUCCCAUGUGUGCUGGUUGCCUCCAAGGUGGACCUUCCUGAGGUCAAGCAGUUCCACGGGAUGACUCCAGCAGAGUUCUGUUACAAACACCAACUGCCUCCGCCGCUGCCCUUCUCCAGCGUGUCCCUCGAUUCCACCAGCAAGACCAUCUACUCGAGGCUCGCCUGGGCAGCAGUAUACCCACACCUGAAUGGUUCAGACAUGAGCAACACAUCGUUCUGGCUGAGAGUGGCGUUGGGCUCGGCCGUGGUCGCAGUUCUGGGCUUUGCCAUCUACAGAGCCGUCGCCAGACUGAAAUGAUCAACAACCAUUUUUUUCGUUUUUGUUUUUAUUUUAUCCUGAUGCUCCAUUGAUCCAUCCAUCAAGACCAAACCUCAGCGACCAGAUUCAGAGCCACCGCAUCAUUUUACGUUUCACCCCAAAGGCUUCCAGAAAACUCUUCAUAUCUCUGCCCUUCUUCACUUUGUCCCACCCUCUGAGUCAGUUGAUCGCAGCGGCCCAAAAGCAAGUGAUCAUACUUUUCCCCACGCUGUUGUGCCCAGCUUUUUCUGCCUUACAUUGUCCAGCCAGGUUAAGCAGGAGUUAGCCUGUCAGCGCUCGGUGCAUUGAUACACGAAGAACUGUUCACAUCCAAACAGGUGCUUUAUCAAAGGGGAGGAAAUGAUGCGUCAAAUCUAUUGCUUUCCCCUAAAUGAUCUGUGAAGUGUUAAUGGUGAGAAGGGAGCGUUUUUAUAUACAGCAUAUUCAGUGUUUCCUAAGCAUAAUGUAGAAAAAUGCCAAAUUGACUAGACUGAAGAACCAAAGGGCAGCACGUGGAGCAUUAGCUGCCACUGAAUCUUUUGCUGGAACUCCCCAAUGAACUACGCUCUGUCUUCUGACCAUGCCACCACAGAUACUCAAUGUUCAUAUCUGAUUUGCCAAAUAAGUCCAGCAGCAACGAGUAGUCAUAGCAUGUUAUCUGCCCCUCAGGCAUAUUAUCUUGCCUGAGAAUGAAUUAUUUUAAUGUUUUUAGCAGUGAGGUCUCUGCUGACACUGAUCUGCUGUGGCAGGGAGGGGUGUGCAUGAAGAAAAACGAUGGAUUGUUUAUGCAUCUGCAGUAAGUCAGAAAAUAUUUUCUCCCAUAGAAGGAGACGAGCCUUGAGAAUGACAAAAUGUUAAAAGAACAAUCGGGUCAAAUUAAUCUCUGCUCACAAUCAGCUUCCUUCUGUUCACACUGAAAUGAGAUUCAUUGAUUUUUGAUUGAGACUGCAAUAGGUCUGUGAUUCUAUUUAGAUACACCUGACACUGUGCGUACACUUUGACCUUCUUACAUAAUCCGCCAUUGAAUUGUUUCCCCAACAUGAGUCAGUCAUGUUAUGUAUGUUUUGUUGCUUGAUUUAGCUCGGGACCUGCUGUUUCUGCAGAAUACACUUCUGUGACUUUUAAAAGAUGGCUGUUUUUCUUACUGAAAUUGAACUGAUUUAGAUGCUUAAUAAAAGACCAGACUAGACUGGG